UUUAGUGGCACAAGUGAUUGUCAGUGAAUAAACUAAGUGUUAAUUUCCGUACUGAUAUAUUUUUUCAAUCAAUUAUAUUUUUGCUACUGACUAUUAACAUUAAAUUUAUUAUUCAGUUGAUAAUCUAAUUUUUUUUUAAUUAUGUUGAUGGGUGUUUUGUAAAAAAUAGUUUAUUUUUUACAACCAAUGUGAUUUUUUUUAAUAUUAUUUUUUAUAUCAGUAUUUGAUGAAGAGGAAUGGCAGCUGAAACCAACGAGAUCAUAUCAAAUUCCUCCAAACCAUCAUUGUCAACUCAGCCCACACCAUUCAGCAUCGAUCACAUUUUAAGUAAUUCAUCCUAUCAAGUUGGCCAAACCGAAAUCCGUCCGGUGGCUUUUGGAGAAACUUACAAAACCCAAGAAACUUUGGAGCAACCGCUAGACAAUCAGAGAUACGAUAGGAUUCUUGGUGGAUCAGUGGCUGAUCAUGAUUCCCGAUUAUCUAGUGGAUCAGCUUUUGCCAAAAGAUCAUCAUCUCCAGAAAGCAGAACAAGUGUGACUCGAGAGUUGGAUAUAUUGAGGAGAAAUCUAGUCCAGACAAAUUUAUCGAAUUUUAAUGGUCUUCCAACUGUUACGAGAACGGGAUUUGAAGGAUUGGAUGGUCUUGGAGGUAUUGCUGGGUUUCGAAGGAUUAAAGAAUCGAGGGAGUCAACUAAUCGCCAGCAAGAUGAGGCUUUAGAUAUGAGCAAAAGCAAAUAUCUUGAUGAAAUGGAGGAUGAUUUAUAUGACAAUCAAUCACAUGGACAAUUACUGCAGAAUAGGAAAAAGAGAAGUAGAGCUGCUUUCUCACAUGCUCAAGUUUAUGAGUUGGAAAGGCGAUUUGCUGCACAGAAAUAUCUCUCUGGACCAGAAAGGGCUGAUCUUGCUCGAGGACUGAAACUCACAGAGACUCAAGUUAAAAUUUGGUUUCAAAAUCGAAGGUACAAAACCAAAAGACGACAACAACAGGAAUUAGGAGCUCUAGUUAAUUCCAAUGCAGCAAGAAGAGUGGCAGUACGGGUACUGGUGCAUCCUGACGAACAAUUACGAGGAUUAUCUCAUCUGCGUAAUUCCGGAUUACAGCUAUCUGGACAAAUCUCAUGUCCACCACAAAUCCACCCAUCAAGUAAAGCUUUUAACGCAUUUCCAUACUACUGCCUACCCUAUCAUCCACUUCUAUGUCCUCCCCUACAUUCGCCUCAGCUACAGGUGCAGACCAGUAUCCCAGAGCUGGAACAAAUCUCACAAGAGGCUCAAAUGUCCAAGAUGAAUGACGAUAAAUAACUAGUCGCUCUGACGUUGUCAUAAAAUGAAAUACAAUCCUUAGUUAAAUAUAUAUAUAUAUAUAUAUAAGAGGGAGCAAAGCACUAUUCAAUUGUCAUUUUCAAUGUAUGUAUUGGUAAUAGCAUGAUCAUGACUUUUACUUAAUUAUUUAAAUGAAUAUUCA